AUGGCGCCAUCCAACAAGGAACUCUACCUACAUGAAGCACAGCAAAAGGCAUAUCUCUAUGUCGCACUCGCCAACGAGGAUAAGCUUACAGCUGAAGACAAAGUAGUAACGGAUAUCAGAAUCAGCGAGCUGCCUCCCCCCUCUAACUCAACCGAGUUGUGGGAGAGUAGAACUUGCGGAAUCUGGGUGCGGAUAAGCAAGUUCUCUGAUGACGUUGGCCAGGCUGUGACAGGUGUAGACGUUCUCUUUGGCACAGAUGCCGUUGAUCCACGACCACAAUGGGAUCUCACGCAAUCAUCACUUCAGCUCGAUUAUCAACCAGAAAUCCCGGUUGCAAGGCUAAGCGUGCGCCAUGGCCGGGCCAUACGCAAUAUUCGUGAAGCCUUGAGGGUCAAUAAGGAUGGCACAUUCAAAAUACUUCAGAUCUCUGACGCCCACAUGGUCACUGGCGUCGGAAUAUGCAAUGAUGCAAUUGAUGCACAUGGAAAGAAUCUGCCUGAGAGCCAGGCUGAUUCACGCACGGUAGACUUCAUCAACCAGAUCGUGGCGGCCGAGAAGCCGGAUCUUGUAAUGCUGCCGGGAGAUCUGUUGCACCAUGAUAUUCCCGAUAGCCAAACCGCCCUUUUCAAGCUGCUAGCUCCUCUCAUCCAACAUAAGAUCCCGUACGCAAUGGUAUUUGGCAAUCAUGAUUGCGAGGGUGACUACGCAUUGUCUCGUGAAGAACAAAUGGCGAUAAUUGAGACUCUGCCAUAUAGCCUCUCAGAAGCAGGCCCAGAGCAGGUUGAUGGUGUAGGCAAUUUUUACCUUCAAGUCCUGUCUUUCGACCCAUCAGAACGACCGGUAUUGACUUUGUUCUUCCUGGACUCGCACAGUGCGAUAGGUGAAUCGUCCUCCAAGCCCGACUAUAAGCCCAUUCAGCCGAGCCAAAUCGUCUGGUACGAGAAGACCUCUGAAGCGCUACGACAUGAGCGUGUCAAGGAUGCUAAAGACGAUAAUUUCCAUUUGUCUUUCGUCGUCCAACAUAUUCCUAUACCAGAGUUCGCAGACAAGAAUCUUGUUAUCCGAAGUGGCCAUCGAAGAGAACCAACCGAAUGCCCCAGUAGAGACUUCUCAUUCUACGACGCUUUAGUCAGGCAAAAUGCAUCAGCAAUAAUUUGCGGCCACGAUCACGUAAACAACUUCUGCGCUCAAUUACAGCAAUGGCCACAACAAGAUGGCACCAAAAUUCCUAGUCAUCUUUGGCUAAUCCAUGGAGGUGGCAGUGGAUUUGGAGGUUACUGUUCGUACGGCCAGACGCGAUAUUAUCGACAGAUGCGGGUUUUCGAGCUUAACGUAAGAAACAAAGAUUUGAGGACUUGGAUGCGGGAAGAAUACAAGUCGCACAGAGUGGAUGAGCUGGUGCUGGUGCAGAAUGGAGCGGCGAUCGAUCCAUCAGAAGAUGAUGAACGUACAAGCUACAUAACGAGCUGA